ACUAUAGUAUUCUGCGUCACUCGCUUUGUAGAUUCGCUUCUGACCUUGGUGCUUGACAUAAAACGAUCACAAAAAUCUGCCACUUUAUCUGCACAAACGCCAUGUUUCGAAUACCUGGGCAGUCCGUCCUUCGCCUCGCGACCUCAAGGAGUGGGAGAAUCGCAUGUGGAAGUCAAAAUGCCGGCAUUUUACGGUGUUCGAGUUCGAGUGCAGUCGAAAGCGACACGGAACCGUCGUUUACAGAAAUGUGUGCCGGUUUUUUCGAUCAAGCAAGAACUUACGUAGAACACAGGCUUUUAACUCGACCUGAUCCUCCGGGCAAGAUCCCCGAGAAGUUUGAGGAUAAAAAACACAGGAUAAAGGGAAUCCUUGAUGUGAUGAAGCCAUGUCAAGAUGUCCUAUCAGUUGUCUUUCCUAUCAAGCUUGAUAAUGGGGAAUACAAACUUGUCCAGGGCUACCGUGCCCAACAUAGUCACCAUCGGUCACCUUGUAAAGGAGGUAUUCGUUACAGUGAGGAUGUAGACAUUGAUGAGGUGCAAGCUUUAGCAACGCUGAUGACAUUUAAGUGCGCUGUGGUAGAUGUGCCUUUUGGUGGUGCAAAGGGAGGAAUCAAGAUUGACCCAAGCCAACAUUCUGUAACAGAACUUGAGAAAAUCACAAGAAGGUUCACUGUAGAGUUGGCCAAAAAGCAUUUCAUCGGCCCUGGUCUAGAUGUCCCCGCCCCUGACAUGGGAACUGGCGAAAGGGAAAUGAGCUGGAUGGCGGAUUCCUACGACAUGACUCUAGGGUUCGGUAACAUGAACGCUUACGCUUGUGUCACUGGUAAACCAAUCCACUUGGGUGGGAUCCAUGGCAGAGUAUCCGCUACAGGAAGGGGAGUUUUCCAUGGUAUCCAGAACUUCCUUGACUCAGAGAAAUAUGCCCACAUGGUUGGCCUGGAGACAGGAUUGAAAGGAAAGACAUUUAUUGUCCAGGGAUUCGGUAAUGUGGGCCUGCACAGUUGUCGGUAUCUUCACCGAGCAGGUGCAAAAUGCAUUGGGGUCAUUGAGCGGGAUGGAAGCUUGUGGAACCCAGAUGGCAUUGAUCCCAAAGAACUUGAGGACUACAAACUGGAAAAAGGUACGAUUACAAACUACCCUGGAGCUAAGAUGGUUGAGGAAAACCUACUAGAGGCAGAAUGUGAUAUUCUUAUUCCUGCCGCAAAUGAAAAGCAAAUCACCAAGAAGAAUGCGCACAGAAUAAAGGCAAAGAUCAUCGCAGAAGGUGCCAAUGGCCCAACGACUCCUGAAGCUGACCAGAUUCUUAUCGCCAACAAGCAACUCGUCAUCCCUGAUCUCUACCUUAACGCUGGCGGCGUGACUGUCUCAUACUUCGAAUGGCUCAAAAAUAUUAAUCAUGUUAGCUUUGGUCGCCUGACUUGGAAAUACGAGAAAGAGUCCAACUACCAUCUAUUAGAGAGCGUACAGAAGAGUUUAGAAAGGCACUUUGGGGGAUCCUCACACAUCCCCAUCACACCCAGCGAAGCAUUCCAAGAACAGAUAUCGGGAGCAUCUGAGAGGGACAUCGUCCAUUCAGGACUUGAAUUCACCAUGGAGAGGUCCGCCAAGCAAAUCAUGCGCUGUGCAGAGGAGUACAACCUAGGCCUAGACAUCCGUACGGCCGCUUACAUCGUCGCCAUCGAGAAAGUCUACAACACCUACGCCGUCGCCGGCUUCACCUUCAUCUAAUUAUGAUAAUCUCGAUCUUGACCAAUGAUUACUCUAGAAAUUAUCUUGGAAUGCACUUUCUUGUAAAGUGAUAGAUUUUGUAAAUCAUGGAACUCUCGAUAUCGACCAAUUAUUGAUUAGGAAAUUGUCUGGGAAAUAUGAUGGAUUUGGAAAAUACUGGCAACGCUUCUUUAAUAUGUCUUCUUGCAAAUGGAACUUGUAAAUUCAAGAUGGCGUGAACUCUACCUGAUUUUUAACCCAAAAAUAUCAAUUGAGCGUUUUGUAAUGUAUGUCUAUGUAAUUAUUAUUAGACUAAUGUGUAGGCUUGGUACAAAUUGUUAUUGUUUAAAAUUCUUUAAGACCCAUUUAGGCUACCAUUUUCUGGGAAGAUCACGGUUUUCGAGAUCUGCAGCAAUACUUUUCAUUUUGAUGAGAGUGAAAUCACUAGUGUUAAUUAUUUUGUUCUGGGUAUUUUUCAUAUAAAAUACUUAUGACAAAGCAAAGGAAUCUUGUUUUCUUUAAUGAAGCUUGUUCUACCUAUCGUUAAGGUCUGAGGUGCGCUGGAAGAAAUAAUUUUUAUUAAAAACACUGGAUCAGU